AUGUCUAAAGUUGCAUUCAUGAAAAAUAGUGACCUCAAAGGGUGUCUCAGCUUACUGCAAGUAUGGGCAUGGGAGAGGCUGCAUUUGAAGCCGAGACUAUGCGUGAAUUUACAAUUAGACGGACAAAUUCCACUAGGAUGCAGAUGGAAUGUCCAAAAAUGUUUUGACGAGACCCCGGCGAGACAGUUAGAUUUCUACCGAAAUGAGCUUGACCGCAUGAAGAUUUUUCAGAUGGAAUGGGAGCCCUACACCCCAUUUCUCGAUCAUCUACCCCCGAUAUGCACAGAAUACCCAGUUAUAUGGAGAGCCAGAGUUCCUCUAAUAUGUUUCGAGAUAGUAGAAAUGCAUGUACCGGACCGCGUGCUUCGACAAUUUGGUCUUGCACAACAUGUUCCGCAAUUUGUUGAAAAAAUAGAGAGGAAGGCGAAGAAAGGAGGCCAACAAAAGGACUGGGCAGCUGAGCAUCAAAAUUAUAUACACAGAUGGAAUGAUAGACAUUUUUGUAUUGUUGAGCAAAUCGAGCCAACUCCCCAGGAAUCAGAUUACUACACUUGGUAUUGGAGGAUAACUAGAAGAUGGAUACUCCAUGCGACCACAUCCUCGGUUGAGUUGCAAAGAGGAUAUGUGCCUCGGGGUAUAGAUGAAAGAGAAUUAGUAUCAGCAAUAGAUGAUGUUCAAACCAUUGCAAAUAGUGGCUUGGAAUUGGCUGGAGCAGGUACAUAUCCCGAAGCACAGAAACAUGCAUCAAUAUAUCAGUCGAUAAUGCAGAGGCUUCACCAAGCCUUACAUCGAACUCAUGAAGACCUUCAUGAUGGACGAGAAGGAAUUGAUAUAUAUGUUUAUGCAAUGGUGGAAUUAUCCCGUAGCAGAAAUGCAUGUGUGAAUGUGCAGGAAAUGCACGGGACUGCUAGUCCCGUGCAUUUCAUUGCGCCCAGGAAGUGCACGGGACUAGCAGUCCCGUACACUUCAUUUUUGCAAUCUCUGCAAAAUGCAAGGGACUAG